AUGCCUAAUGUAAGGUAUUGUUGUGUGCCUCAGUGUCGUCAAAAAGGAUUCGAAAAUUCAAAAAGUGAGACUAAAGUCUCAUAUUUUAAGCUUCCAGAUAAAGAGUCUUUGCGAAUACAAUGGCUUGAAGCUAUAGGAUUGGAAGACGAGGUAUUAAACGCUCAAUCGAAAGUUUGCUCCAUUCAUUUUCUUGAAAAUGAAAUGUUCGAGUCCUCAAAUGGACGUGUAAAUUUGGCAAAGGAUGCAAUUCCUUCAAAAUUUCCACCGAAUUGCGAUGCAAUGCCGACAGCUGAAAGUGCUCAAUGCAGCUUUUCAGAAUAUCAAAUACAACAAGGGCUAUCAGCAGAAAACGCUUACCUAACAAUGUGUGCAACUAUAAAAACACUUGAGGACAAACUUCGAAAUUCCGAAAGAGAAAAAAAGUACUUGACUGACUCAACAGCCUCCCUACGAGAACACAAUAUUGACUUGCAGUCUCGCAUUUUUUCAGUGAAUUCCUUUCCUGAAGACACUGAUAUAGCUUUUUAUACAGGAUUCCCAGAUCGUGCAACAUUUUUAGCUGUUUUUGAGUUCCUUGAUCCUGGACCUGACUGUGAAAAUAUGCGGUCACCAGAUGAAAUAACACCUGGUUCAGAUCCUAAUUGUGAUACUAUUGAAAUUGAUGCUGAAACCAAAACACCUAAAAGGGGCCGCCCUCAGAAACUUCAGCCUUUAGAACAAUUCUUUUUGGUUCUAUGUCGCUUAAGAAGGGGAUUUUCUGAACAUCAUUUAGCCAACCUAUAUGGUGUUUCCCAACCUACCAUUAGCAGGACCUUUCUUCGAUGGAUAAAUUUUAUGUUUUUGAAAUUUGGACAGAUUUGCAUUUGGCCAAGUAGACAGACGGUGUCCGACACAAUGCCUGAAGAUUUUAAGGAUAAAUAUCCAUCAACUCGAGUCAUUAUUGACUGCACUGAGAUUCACUGCGAGACACCCAGUAGUUUGGUUUUAAACUCCGAGUUGUUUAGCUCCUAUAAAAAUCAUGUGACUCUUAAAGCAUUGAUUGGAAUUGCUCCAAAUGGUGCAAUAACCUUCAUUAGCCAGUUGUAUACUGGAAGUAUUUCAGAUAGAGAAAUAGUAUGUAGAUGUGGAUUUCUUAAUCAACAGUUUGAUGAUGGUGACUCUGUGAUGGCUGACAAAGGAUUUCAGAUUGAAGAUAUUCUACCCCUUAAUGUGACUCUUAAUAUACCACCCUUUCGUGAAGGAAAUGUACAAAUGACAGCAGAGGAUGUGGUAAAAACACAACAAAUUGCCAGCUUGCGGAUUCAUAUUGAAAGGGCAAUUAGUAAGAUAAAAAACUUCCACAUUUGGGACAGUGCUGUUCCAAUAAAUACAUUUGGUGUUGUUAAUCAAAUGUGGAGUGUUUGUGCUUUUUUAUGCAAUGCACAAAAUCCAAUUAUAUCAAGUGAAAAAUGA